AUGAUUUCAAAUUCAAGAGAAAAGGGUUGUUUUCAAUCAAAGCAAGAAGGCGAAAUCAACAGUGAUGGCAGCAAGGUCUCCAAGGUUCCAUCGAGUUCGACUCGGUGGUCAGGGUUUUGGAAUCCGAGGAUCGUCCGAUUGCCGCAUUCUUUCGGCGGGAAGGAUCGACAUAGCAAAGAUUGUAUGGUGAUAAGGCGAUUAAUAAGGGACCGUCGGAUUAGGCUUUCAGUGCCGACCACAAUUCAACUAUACGAUUGGCAAACUCAGCUAGGCCUUAAGCCUAGCAAAGUUUCCGAUUGGUUGCUUGAAGCAACAAAAGAUGAUAUUGAUAAGUUCCCAUCACUUCAGUUUCAUCCGCCAUUGAUGGAAAACAAUCCAUCUCAAUCAUCUUCUUUUGCACCUUUUUUGGAUCCAAAUUUGAUAUCAAUGCAUGGGAUUUGA